CAGCUGGCGGCGGGGCCCGGCGCCCGCUCAGCCCGCCCCUUCUCGGCCGCCCCGCCCGCCCCGCCGAGCCGGCCGCUGUCAGAGGCGCGGUGUAUGCUGAGCAGCUGUCGUCGCCCGCUGCUGCACGUCCUGGUCUCGAGCUUCCCGCUGCUGACCCGUGGACUGUGGCUCUGCCCUAGCAACCUCAUGAAGCCGUUGGUCGUGUUCGUUUUGGGCGGGCCCGGUGCGGGCAAGGGGACCCAGUGCGCGCGCAUUGUCGAGAAAUAUGGCUACACACACCUUUCUGCUGGAGAGCUUCUUCGUGAUGAAAGGAAAAAUCCAGAUUCACAGUAUGGUGAACUUAUUGAAAAGUACAUUAAAGAAGGAAAGAUUGUGCCAGUUGAAAUAACCAUCAGUUUAUUAAAGAGGGAAAUGGACCAAACAAUGGCUGCCAAUGCUCAGAAGAAUAAAUUCUUGAUUGAUGGAUUUCCAAGAAAUCAAGAUAACCUUCAAGGUUGGAACAAGACCAUGGAUGGGAAGGCAGAUGUAUCUUUUGUUCUUUUUUUUGACUGUAAUGAUGAGAUCUGUAUUGAACGGUGUCUUGAAAGGGGAAAAAGCAGUGGGAGGAGCGAUGACAACAGAGAGAGCUUGGAAAAGAGAAUUCAGACUUACCUUCAGUCAACGAAACCAAUUAUUGACUUAUAUGAAGAAAUGGGGAAGGUCAAGAAGAUAGAUGCUUCUAAGUCUGUUGAUGAAGUUUUUGGUGAAGUUGUGAAGAUUUUUGACAAAGAAGGCUAACUAACCCUGAAAAAACAUCUUUGAAAUCAUGCUUGAAUAUUGCUUUGAUAGCUGCUAUCACAGCCCCCUUUUAAGGCAAUUUUAAUCUUUCAAAAUUACAUCUCAAUUAAUGUCUAGAAAUAUAUAGUAAGACAAAUUAUGUGUUAUUUUUAAUUUGUGGUCACAGUACACAGUGAAUUCAGGUGUAAUCAUCUUAGGUAUUAUGGUGCUCACAAAAUGAAGAAGGGUAUCAGCUAGUUCUUGUUGGUGUUAAAAGACUAUCCCUUUUAUGUCUGUGCCUUCUGUGAGCAACACUUUUUAGUAUGCAUGUAUAUCCAUUUUGUAAUUGCAGUGUGUUAGGAUUUGGAAAUUCUACUUCCUUUUGCUGCACAUUUAAGAUUUCCAACCUGUUAAGUGAAUCUGUGGACCAAAUUUAAAGGAACUUUAUGUAUAGUCAGUUCUUGCACAAGGUGUUUAGUAAACAAACUCAUAAAAUGGAUUCCUAGCAAUGCUCUAGUAUUUAUCAAAUGACUGACCAUUUUCUGUGGAAAGUUAAAAUUUAGGCAUUGAUUUAUUACAGCUUGUGCAAAGUUGUAUGACUGGGCAGUCUUUGCUUUCAAGGUUUGGGUCAGGGGACAGGGGCUUCAGAGCCUGAUAGGAUUAUCAACUUCCUUCUGACAUAAACUGUGGGGCAAGGGUCUAAUGACUUGUGUUCCUAUGCUCUGUGUGUGACAUAGGACUAGUCAUCAUUAAACUGAUGUUAACACAGUCCUAGCAGUAGGCCCUUGACCUGCAUGUGCUAGUUUAUAUUAAGAUGAUUCAGUUCUUGUUUUAGUAAUACUUAAGGUAUUUUUUGUUUUGUUUCUUAGACUAAAUGCAGAGUUAGAAUAAAUUAGAAAAAACAAUCUAAUGGUUAAAAUUCCCAUUUGUAUUUUAUUUUCUGGAAUACAUUUUUCAUGGUUAUUUGUUUUAAAAAGAUUUUAAAAAUCAUUGCACUUUGGUCAGAAAAGUAAUAAAUAUAUCUUAUAAAUGUUUGAUUCCCUUCCUGCCUGCUUUGUUCAAUAAAGUCUGAGAGUCCAAA